CUUAAUCCCACCAAUGGCCUUCACCUACAAGCAGGGCCGGCAGGUUGAUUUGUGAACGCCAAUGACUUUCCGGGUAGAUAUACCUAUAUUUAUCAAUUUCAUUCCUAACUUGUAAUUGACAUCGUAGUUAUGAGCAGUUUAAGGAAUUCAUUUCGCCGCGGAAAACGUGAGAGUAAAAGGCGAAAUAAUCAGCUCACUCCAAGAGAAAUUAAAGCUGAUGAUGUCCAUGAAAGUCUUGACAACAUUAAAAAGACCACCAAAGACUGUAAGGCUAUACAUAGGAAGUGGGAAAAAGACAAGCAUUUUGAGCAAGUGAACAAUACAUAUCUAACCAAGGCCAACACAUUAAUUGGUUAUGUGGAUGAAUAUAGACAGCAACUAGACUUAUCCUGGCCAAAUAGUAAAGAGGUGGAAGACUUGAAGGAUCGUAAUUACAAAUUAGCUCGAGAGAAAGAAGAUGCAGAUUAUUUUCUAGAAGAAGCUCAAUUGGAAAUUAAGAAACUGAAGGAUCGUCUGGGAGAGCCGCAAACCUCUGGUAGAAGAAGAGAUAGACAAAAGAAACCUGAAAAUAUGCCUAAACGUCCAGCUGAACGUGAAAUUGACAAGGAAUCAGAACCAUUCGAUGACCAUAAGCGUGCAAGGAAAGAUUCGGGGAGUCUUGACCGAAGGGAUCCAUCCCGUGAGCCUAUUCCUCGUCAUGACAGCAGAAACUCUCAGAGAGGCAGGAAGGAAAGUAGAAGUAAUAAUGAGGCUGUUGAGAAGGAGAUCGAGGAGCUUAAGAAGAAAGUAGAAAAACUUCAAGAAGAAAAUAAGUCAUUGUCUGAGGGUCGAGCGAGUGCUGUAAAGGCAUUGAAUGCUGCAAGGGAUGAAGCAGCUAGAAACAAACAGCAGAUGGAGUCAAGUGAUGCUUCAGUAGCAAGUUAUCAUCAAACUAUUGACCAGUUGAAAAGACAGUGCAGCGAUUUGAAUGUUUCGCUCAACAAUGAGAGGCAGUCAAGGAGUGAACUGCAACAAAGUCUGAAUCAAAGUAAGUCAAAAGAAGAAAAUCUAAAUGACACCAUUGACAGGCUACAGAACAAUCUGAAAUUAGAAGGACAAGCCAAGGCAGAGGCAUUGAUGAGUCUCCAGCAUAGUCAGUCAAAAGAGGAAAAUCUUCGUGACACCAUUGACAGGCUACAGAGAAACCUUUCCUCUGAAAGACAGGCCAAGGACGAGGCAUUGAUAAGACUCAGUGCUGUCGCUGGUAACAAGCUUCGUGACAAUAACCCGGCUAUCACUGACCUUAGCGACCCAAACCGCCCGAUGAAACUGGCAGAGAAGGUAUCAGAGCUUUAUGACAAUGAGUGGACCAAUGCCAUGGAGAAUCUUGAGAAUGACUGCAAAAUAGAGGAGGUAGAGGCCAUUAAACUUCUUCUUGAUAUCGUAAAGAAUGUAUUUACAAAAUUUGAGGAGAUUGGUGACGCUCAGACAGACUUUAUAACUUCGCUGGAACUGCCUGUAGCUGUACCAGACAUUGAUGACCUUCGGGAUACUGCCAGGCCACUUCUGAACACUGGGAUGUUAACAAAGCUACCAGCAGAAAUCACAAAGCCACUAAAAGACUACCGCAAGACAAGCUGUGGAGCUGUAAGCCCGCUGCUGUUUGAGGUUAUGAAGUCAAGGCUGCAAAAGCUACACAACAUGGAUGCUGAUACGAUUAAGGCAUGUGACCAGUUCAUCAAAGACACUGUGUCGUAUGUCUGGAUGAUGCGAGUGCAGGACCCACCCGUCCAUAUCGAGUGGGAGUUCUCGCAUGGUGAGAAAUUUGAUCACGACCGGCUCAGAUCCUACACCAAAGGAGGAGACCGUGUCAACUACGUGGUCUGGCCUAUCCUCUAUCUGCACAAAGGUGGACCAAUGCUAGCGAAAGGGGUGGCCCAGGGCAUGAAAACUAAACCAAAAUAAGUCGUGGGCAAGCUAGGCUUCCCAUACUGACAAGGAUUCCCAUAUUUUAAAUAUGACUGUACGGUUCUCAUAAUUUGAAUUUUGUUUUUUUUCUAAUGUUUGCCAUGAGGCAAGACAAAAGGAAAUGUAAAGACUGGUCCAAAAUGCAUUACCUUUGUUAAAGAGAUGGCCAGGACUAUUGACUAGAAAAAAAGGGGGAAACAAAUAAUUUUGCAAACAUUUAACCCAUCAUAAUUGUCCCAGCUAGGAGCAAAAUAAUGGAACACUCACUGAAAUUGAUUAGCACAUUGAUUGUUCUGUAUUGCCACUUUGUAUAAUUUAUAUUAAGAUCCAGUGAAAUUUUGUGGAAAUGCAGGUAAAAAUGUGAAUAACAACAGGUAUUGGGCUAGAGAUUUGUUUCUUCCUAGGUGUAGGUUUGUAUCCCUAUACAGUAAUUGUCAUGCUUCUUUCUUGUAUCUGUUAGACUACCUGACCUGCAUUUUAUUUGCUGUAUUUAUUAACAUAUUAUGUCUUUGCGUAUUGCAGAGUUAACUUCUCUUGUGAGCAGAUAUUGAUUGUUAUGUCAUUG